UCUUAGCACUUACACGCAUCACCCUGUUUCCAUUGUAUAGUUCUUUUUAAGCCUUAUUUAAAUAAUCCGUACCUCAGCAUUCACUAUUUCGUUAACUUUAUGUACAUGAUCGGUGCAUAGUUGCCGUUCUGCCGUGUUCAAUAUUCAGCAGACGACGGGACCCACGAAGUAACGACGAUGACUUGCGAUUUGAAUCACGAUGAAGCAAUACUUGCCCAGGAAAAAGAAAUCGAAAGAGAGAUCGCAGAGAAAAUCCCAUUGAUAGACAUCAAGAAGGACCUAGCGGUUUUACAGAAGGAGUACUCAACGGAAGAUGAGGUUUACCAGCAGAAAGUUAAGGACAUCCGCAGCAAGUACCAGUUCAUACGUAAGACCAGGCCAGAUGGGAACUGCUUCUUCCGAGCCUUCAGUUUCGCAUACCUUGAAAGUCUGCUGAGCGAUAAGCAAGAGUAUCAGAGGUUCAAAGGUAUUGCACUCAAGAGCAAAGAAGCCCUCGUGUCCCUUGGAUUUCAACAGUUCACAAUCGAAGACUUCCAUGAUGUGUUCAUGGAAGUCUUGAAGAAGAUUGAAGACCAAAUUAGUAUUGAUGAACUGAUGACAAUCUUCAACGAUCAGGGGUACUCGGAUUACAUAGUUGUAUAUAUGAGGUUACUCACGUCAGGGCAGCUACAGAAAGAAGAAACCUUUUUCUCUAGCUUCAUCGAGGGCAACAGAACAGUACAAGAGUUCUGCAAACAGGAGGUGGAACCCAUGUACAAGGAAAGCGACCACAUCCACGUCAUCUCACUGACCCGAUACCUCGGAGUGGGCGUCCGCAUCCAGUACAUGGACCGCGGAGUAGGCGGAAAGGUCAACGCGCACAACUUCCCCGAAGACCGGGAGCCACGUAUCCAUCUGCUGUACAGGCCGGGACACUACGACAUUUUGUACAAGUGAAAAAAAAAAAAAAAAAACAGCUACCAAUACAAACAUUCUCCUCCUCUCGAGAGAAAAAAAAAAAGGAAUUAUUUUGUUUGUAUAUUUUGUGUCAAGAAACGGACUAAACGUUUGAAGCGGAUUACGUCCGAAUUUUUUGGUUUGUGUUUUUGGGAGAAAAGAAAGCACAGAUGAAAGAUGUAUGCGUGGUACUUAAUGGUUGCCAGACAGGAUUUGGAAAUACAAGAGCUCAAAAACAAGACAAGGCCUUCCAGAGAUUCAAUGACCAUGUCAUGCAAGCUCUGUCUAGCCAUCUAGAGAAAUCUGUCAUUACAUUGGAAACCAUCAGUGGUUACAUGAUAUUAACCAGGAAGAGAAACUGUUGGGAUCAUUCUGGGUUAGGUAUUCUUGAAGGGAUAGCACCGCUGAUUCACUGUUUGCAUGAAAGAAUGUAUUGCACACGUGCCAAGUUGGAUUCAAAUUUGCACAGAAAUGCAGGGUUACUAGAGGUUGUUUCCAUGGUGGUACAGUGCUGACCGUGACCCAUGUGACAUGAUCCCUGAAUGUGAACCAUAAACUUUUGUACGGUUUCUAGAAAAGUAAUCUGAAAGUGCAUCACAGAUGUGCUUGUCUUGGAACCCUUAAGGUGUUGUAGCUUUGUUAUUAUGUACGAAGAAAAACUGCAUUUCUUGUUUUCACCAGAAUGUGUCCUCUCACAUUGCAUUGUCCUGUGGCAAAAAAGGUUUAUGUAUGUGUUAUUACACUAAUUAGCAUCAACUUCCAAGUUUUAACUGAAAGAAUGUUUCGCUUGAAAAGUUUUCCUUUAGCAAAGGAAUAAAUAUCGCUAAUAUACUACACAUUUAGUGAACAAAUCUACUAGAAAACAGUUCCUACUGUCAAGAGUAGAAGCUCCUGUCUAAAUAUUAGAUCUCUAGAAACAUUUCACACAUCACAUAUUUAAAUGCGUGCUCAUAGAUUAAUGAAGGUGUCAAGAGUGUUAAGUUAUGGUUUAGUGCACUAUUUAAACAGGAUUGACUCAGGGAGGAGGAAGAUUAUGAUAUUGAAAAUAAACAGUUUGAUCAACA